AUGGCGUCACAGAUUCCGCCUCCCCACAGGGGCCGACCCCUCACCCCACCGCUACCACGCUCACCGCCCAGCGCGUCUGACCUGAGCGAGGAGGCCUUCAGCGAAGCCGACCUUCCUCGCGGUCGGAGCCGUAGCCGCUCUCGCACACCCACUCGCGCACGUCGCUCUCUCGCCGCCAGUGUUGAUGCCGAGGGGUUUAUUCGAAAGCCCAACAAUGGACAUGGCAAGGGCCGUGGGCACUAUGGCACGUUCAGUACCGCCGGCGAUGGCAACUCGGUCAGCGCAACAGCGUCCACAUCCUUUGCCUCCCCGUCGACCCGCAGGGGGAGACCACGCUACUCUGCGUCCCCAAGCAUCGCCUCGUCCUUCCCCACCUCCAGGAUGAAUCGCCGUACCACAUCCUACUCCAACCUCAACGCCUCGGACGGGGCCAGCAACAAUCCUGUUCCUCCAGAGCGUGACUACCUUGCCAACUGGGAGACCCUUGCGGACCUGGUCGUACCGCCGUCGCCCGCUGAUGUUGGUUCAUCGAGGCCGCGACUGCGCAUGAGAAGUCCAUGGGGCCGGGAUAGGAUCCCUUUUGACAACACGAGUACGCCUACCCGCCAGCGGUUGUCCACCCAGGUCGAGGGACAGGUCUCGCCUGCGGUGAUGCUGCUCCAGUCCCAGCAGUCGCAUCCACAAGAUAUCCCCGGUCACCACCAGCCUGAAUCUGAAGCGAGCUUCUCUGAAGUCCUCUCCACGUCUCCUGGGAACGUGGGUGAGCCCAUUGCGAGCUUUGGCUCGGUCGCCCAGACGAUGGACUCGAGCUUUUCAGCGGGGACAGCCAUCCCACCACCUCCACACUUCACUCCAGCGUCGAACGGGACGCCACUGGUGUCCAGUACACCCAUGCCGGCGACCGCUCCACAAAAGAAGCCAGAUCCGCCUGCGCGUUUCAAGCUCCCUCCCUAUACACUUUCCAUCCUCAAGUGCUCGCUGGCGUACCUCAUCGCCUCGCUGUUUACGUUUGUGCCCCGUCUCUCGGCUCUCUUGAGCCAUGAAACAGAGACAGACGUCCACGGUCGUGUGCACGCCGUCCCUGCAUACAGUUCGCACAUGGUCGCCACUAUUGUUGUCUACUUCAAUCCUGCCAAGUCCAAGGGCAACAUGAUCCUAUCGACCCGGUACUGUGUCAUUCUUGCCCUCUUCUCCACAGCGGUUUCCUUCAUCUCGUUCGGUAUCAUCGCAGUGUUUGACUCGUACUCGCCCUCGAAUGGGAGUCAAUGGGACUGGAUCAGCGAGAUGGGAGACUGGGUCGUCUGUGUCGCUUGCAUUGGAGGUGGUAUGGCUACGCUUGCGUGGCUCAAGCUGUGGGUUGGUGACCCAGCGUUCAACACUGGUUGCUCCAUGGCUGCAGUGACGCUGUUUACAGUCAUCGUCAAGGAAGGUGGCUGGAUCAAGCUCAAGGAGGUGCUUUUUAUCGUCUUCAUUGGCGUCCUCAUCACCAACAUUGUGUGCUUUACAAUCUUCCCCGUCUCGGGCACGUCCAAGCUGCAAGAGUCAAUGUCCAAGUCGCUCAACUCAUUCUCUACCCUGCUCGACCUCCUUGGAUCGACCUUUUUGCUAGAAACCACGGUCGUAAAGGAGAACCGCAUGUCGCUCGCCGACGCAGUCAAGUCUCAUGGUGCUGCUUUCAAGGCUCUCAAGGGUAGCCUGGCGGAGGCCAAGCAUGAGCGUCUUGUUGACCCACGUAUGCGUGGUGCCAAGCUUGAGCUCUACGAGGCUGCGUUGGGAAGUAUGGCACGACUCGCGCAGCAUUUGGCAGCCAUGCGAAGCUCGACGCGUGUCCAAGAGGCCCUCUUACGCGCCGCUCGCCAGGGACGCAUCUCGCUCGACGUGGAUGUCGAUAGCGCGAUUGAGAAGCGCCACUUUGCCGAGUCGGUAGUGGAGGAACUCAACGAACUGCCAGCGGUGACUGUCGAAGAUGAAGAGGACGUCGAGCGCAGCGUUGCCCUCUUCCUCCAGCUCCAGCGUCUGACCGGAGACGACCUCGACACCCUCGUGGCAACAUGCGACGACGCCCUGGACGGAAUCGAGGACGUGUUGACCAGUGACCAGGCCAAGGUCCCAGCCGGUGUGGACCUCGUCGCCACUCACGCGGCCGUGUCUGCUACUGUGCAAAACUUCUCGCGGUCAAGCAGCCGUGCUAUUAAGCGAGUGUAUGCUGGCCCCAGGAGACGGAAGGGUAUCUAUGCCUCUGGUUCGAGCCAUGGCUCGGCCAGUGGCAGCUCGAGCGACUCUGAGGAUUUAGACGAUGAGGGUCCCAACGAGGUCGUGUUCCUUGUGUACUUCUUCUUGUUCACUCUCGAAGAGUUUGCUCGCGAGCUCCUGUUUCUUCUCGACACGAUCACCACGGCACCUAAACUCUCGGCGUGGGACCAGAUGCGCGCCAUCCUCGCGCCAUGGACCCAUCGCAGGAAGAACUUUCUUUACAAGCAGCUCCAACAACUCGUCCCCAUUGACCCCUCCAAGCUCCAACCGCCAAUGUUCCCCCGCACCCAGCGCGACGAGCGUGGUACGCUCCUCACUCCAACCCCGCAAGGGCUUUCGCGGAUUGGGAAAAUCUACCACUGGGUCUGGGAGCUUGGAGCACGUCUCAGUGAACCUGAUAUGCGGUACGCUCUCAAGACCGGUCUCGCCGGUGCCAUCCUGGCCGCUCCUUCGGUGUUGGAGAGCACACGGCAGAUCUUCUUGGAGUAUCGCGGCGAAUGGGCCCUCAUUGCAUUCUUUGCCACUAUGAGCCCGACACUUGGACAGACUAAUUUCCUGUCAUUCUUCCGCAUCGUCGGGACACUACUGGGAGGUACUGUCGCCGUGGUUGCCUGCAUGCUGUUCCCCGAAAACGCGGUCGUUCUCCCGAUCUUUGGCUUCCUUUUUUCCAUGCCGUGCUUCUACAUUAUCACCCAGAUGCCCGACUACGCCCAGGCCGGACGCUUCAUUCUGUUGACUUAUAACCUCACUUGCCUGUACGCGUACAACCUCCGUGACAGUGACAAGGACCUGGCGCCUGUCACUAUUGCCAUCAGACGGUGCACGUCCGUUGCCGCUGGCGUGGUGUGGGCCGGAUUUGUGAGCCGGUACUGGUGGCCAUACACUGCACGCCGUGAACUGCGUAUGGGGCUGGGAGACUUCUGCCUUGACCUGUCCUACCUCUACUCCAAGCUCGUGACGACGUACACUCGCGGCGUCGAGGAGCUCGCCCCGCAGCAUGCUGAGGGCACCGCGUCCCCGUCAGAGGACACUCCACUCCUUCCACCCUCGCUGUCCCCAACGGCGCGUCACCACCUCGUCCCCGGUGUGAGGCAGUUUAUGGCCAUGGAGCUCCACCUCCAAGGCCAACUAGCCACCCUUCGCGGUUUGCUCGCGCACUCGAAGAACGAGCCGCGUCUCAAGGGCCCGUUCCCAUUCGCAUUCUACAACGAGGUGCUGCUCAGCUGUGAGCGCAUGCUCGACCGUCUCCACUCUAUGCGAUGCGUGACGACACGCCACGAGUGGGACCAGAGUAUCCGCCAGGCAUUCGUGCUCCCCGUCAACCAGCACCAGCGCGAGAUGGCCGGCAACGUGAUUCUCUACUUCUACACCCUCUCGGCAGGCUUCCGCCUGCGUAUUCCCAUGCCGCCAUACCUGCCCCCCGCGGAAGCCGCGCGCGAACGCCUGGUCGACGCCAUCCGCGACUUGGACGUUGUCAAGCGCCGCUCGGUGCGCGGCGGCGGCCGCCACCUCUUGUUCUUCGCCUACGCCCUGGCCAUGCAGGAGGUCAUCGCCGAGCUCGACUAUCUCGGCGGGCUGCUGCAAGAUGCCUUUGGCGUCAUUUCGCAGAGCACCGCACGCGAUUUCGAAGACUUGUUCAUUGGCGGCGCGGAAUAUACCGAUGGCGAGGUGGGGUCGAGUACGUUUGACACGAGCUACAUGUAG